AUGGCUCCUGAUAAGAAGGGAAGCAAGCGCAAGGCCGCUCCUGUUGCCAGCGAUUCUCCCGCGAAAAAAACCAAGAAGGUCGAGGCCAAAGCCGCCAAGGUCGCCGAAGAUGCCGCCCCCAAGUCCAUUCUGAAGAAGAAGGAGAACGGUGCUGCUAAGGCUAAGGAGACCAAGUCUACUGCGAAGGCCAAUGGUGCCCCCGCUCGUGAGGUUAAGCCCCGCAAGCGUGCUGCCGAUUUCCUCAGCGAUGAGGAGACUGAGAAGCCUGCUCCUGCUGCUGCGAAGAAGCCCGUCAACAAGAAGACCAAGAAGGAUGAGACCGUCUCUGCACAGCCUGCGAAGAAGUCUGCCGCCGCCAAAGUCGCCAAGCCCGCACCGAAGCCCAAGAAGGUAGAGCAGGUGCCAGAGGAGUCUGACGACGAGGAGUUCCAGAUUGACGCUUCCGAGUCUGAGGAGAGCGAAGAAGAGAUUGAUGACGCUGAGGAUGACCAGACUGCCGCCCUCAUCAAGGGCUUUGAGAGCAGCGGUGACGAAGACGAGUCCGGUGACGAGGGCUACAACUCCAAAAUGCCAAUCCCCAAGAUUCCCGAUACCAAGAAGGCAGAGAAGAAGAUGAAGAAGUUGCAACAGGGUGAUUCCAAGGACGAGCCUGGUACUGUCUACGUUGGACGCAUCCCUCACGGUUUCUACGAGCACCAAAUGCGCGCCUACUUCUCCCAGUUCGGCGAGAUCACCAAGCUCCGCCUCUCCCGUAACCGCCUGACCGGCCGCUCCAAGCACUACGCCUUCAUUGAAUUCGCCUCCAUCACCGUUGCCAAGAUUGUCGCCGAGACCAUGGACAACUACCUGAUGUACAGCCACAUCCUCAAGUGCAAGUUCGUUCCCGCGGAGCAGCUGCACCCUGAGGUCUGGAAGGGCGCCAACCGCCGUUUCAAGCGUACCCCCUGGAACCAGAUUGAGCGCAAGCGCCUGUUGAAGGGCAAGACCCGUGACCAGUGGUCGAAGCGCAUCGAGGAUGAGCAGCGCAAGCGUCAGGCUAAGGCUGACAAGCUGAAGGCUUUUGGCUAUGAGAUUGAGCUGCCUCAGCUCAAGGCCGUCGAGGAUGUGCCCAUCCAGGUCCCCGAGGCGGAGGAGCCCAAGGCUGUUGAGGCUACUGCUACCGAGGAGGCCGUCGAGGAGCCCGUGAAGGCUAUCGAAGCCCCCGCUACCACUGAUGAUACCCCUAAGAAGACCGCCAAGAAGGGCAAGAAGACGGAGCAGGACACUCCCAAGCAGGAGGUUGCCGCAGAGUCCCCGGCAGCCAAGUCCCCUGCUACCAAGACCAAGAAGACGGCUAAGAAGACCGGCAAGUCCAAGGCCAAGGCGUAA